AUGACGGCCACCGCCUCGGAGGCCGUGGUGCAUGAAUUUCCACUGCCCACGAUUCUCACCAACCCCGCGUCGACCCCGCCAACGCUCAUCACCCAGGGCGCCGAAGGUCGGCUCUACAAGACGACAUACCUGCUGCCCAGCAUCCCCUGCGCCCUAAAGUACCGGCCGCCGAAGCCAUGGCGACACCCGAUCCUUGACCAGCGUCUGACCAAACACCGCAUCCUGUCCGAGGCUCGCAUCCUCUCCAAGUGUCGCAGAGAUGGCCUCCGCGUUCCCGACGUCUACGCUCUGGAUGAGGCGGCAGGGUGGCUGAUGCUGGAAUGGGUUCAGGGCACGCCUGUGCGAAUCAACAUCAACCAGAGGCUGGGCGACAGGACAGAAGGCAUUGAAGCCGACGAGGAGCUCAAGGAUUUGAUGCGAAGAAUCGGCGCCGCCGUGGGCAAGAUGCACAGCAUCGGCAUCAUCCACGGCGACCUGACGACGAGCAACAUGAUGCUGAAUCCCCCAGCGGGCCAGACCGAAACCGACAACGUGAGUGGACUCGAGGGUGAGAUUGUCAUCAUCGAUCUUGGACUUGCCAGUGGAGGAGUACACGAUGAGGAUCGGGCUGUCGACCUGUACGUCCUUGAGCGUGCCUUUGGCAGCACACACCCCCGUGCCGAAUGCAUUUUUGGAGAGGUCCUGGACGCAUACAAACAGUCAUUCAAGCAGGCUGGCGUGGCCCUCAAGAAACUGGAAGAAGUGAGAAUGAGGGGCCGCAAGAGAAGCAUGCUCGGUUAG